AUGAUAAGAAUUCGUGUUGGUUUGAUUCCCCAUGAAUUGGGAGAAUUGGCGAUUCUCAAUCUUUUGGACCUGUCUAAAAAUAAUCUCACUUCUAUGAUACCAACUUCGAUUGCAACUCGUUGCCUGAACUUGACCAAUCUCGACUUGAGUUCCAUCAGGCUCAACGGAGAAAUCCCACCUGAAUUAGGGACAGAUUCAAAUGCUCAAGGUUGUAAGGUUGCACGGAACCAACUUGACCGGCCCGAUACCAGAUACUCUAGGACUUUGUCAACCUCUCACGGAUCUGAUUGUCUGGGCAGUUGUACAAAUCUCACCGUGUUGGAGUUCGCCAACAAUCUACUCAGCGACCCAACUACGAGUUCUUUGGGCAAUUUGAUGAAUAUGGGCCGACUGGAUGUCAAAAGCAAUCAAUGCACUGGCAUCAUUCCUCCCGAGUUCGGCCAACUUCGACAAGUCUCGGUAAUCUACAUUGAGUACAUUCCCUCGGGUUCUAUUCCGAGUCGAAUUCAACUUCAUUUCCACUCAUACGCGUUGUUAGUACUGAAGCGUGAUGCCAGCUCCCCAUACGCGAUCCAACAAAACCAGAACAACUCAGACCGUAUGGGUCCCUUCGCCUUCCUUGAUGACAAUGCGCUACGGAAGGACUGA